AUGGUAAAGGACGAGAAUGUUGUUUCAUCCCUGCCCUCCUCCCUGCCCUCCUCCCUGCCCUCCUCACCACCAUCCUCUUUGUCCUCCUUCCUGCCCUCCUCCCUGCCCUCUUCCCUGGUCCUCCUUGCCCUCCUCCUUGCCCUCCUCUCCACCAUCCUCCCUGCCCUCCUCCCUGCCCUCCUCUCCACCAUCCUCCCUGCCCUCCUCCCUGCCCUCCUCUCCAUCAUCCUCCCUGCCCUCCUCCCUGCCCUCUUAUCUGCCUUCCUCACUGCCCUCCUCACUGCCCUCCUCCCUUCCCUCCUCUCCACCAUCCUCCCUGCCCUCCUCCCUACCCUCCUCUCCACCAUCCUCCCUGCCCUCCUCCUUGCCCUCCUCCCUGCCCUCCUCCCUGCCCUCCUCUCCACCAUCCUCCCUGCCCUCCUCCCUGUCCUCCGCCCUGCCUUCAUCCUUGCUGUCCUCCCUGCCCUCCCUUGCAUGGGCCCUCCGUUCCCCCUGUUGGGUAUUUUUCUCGCUUGGCAUCGCGCCUACCACAUCGAGACGUCCAUGAAGAAUCUGCAAGACAUGGCUCAUGUGUAA